AUGAGGCUAUUCGUCGCCGUGUCCACCGCCUCGGCCCUCUUGGCGGUGUCCCUGCUGUGUGGACCUCAACAAGCUCAUGCGUCCCUUGCAAAGUCGGAUGAUAUUACCACCCUCUUCGAGGCGCUCGCUGACAUCACCCGUCCUCCCUCCGAAAAGCAUCUUCCUGCUGACCACAAGCUCGUAGGCCUCAGCUCGGAUCCCAGCCAGCCUGGUGUUCAGUGGAGUGUCCAGCAGGCCCAGCCCACCAUCCUCGAGGAUGGUCAGCUCAACACGCCUGACUUUACCCUCGUCACGAGCGGCGAAGGGAACAACUUUGCUUCGCCUGCCGCUAUGUCAGAAGAUUCGGCCUCCACCUCGAGUGCAGCCAGUCGCAACCCUGGCAUUACCAAUGCUAAGCAAGCACUGUCCUCAAGCUCCUUCUAUCCUGUCAACCCGCCCUCGUUCCCGCUGGCUGUGCGAAGCCCCUACCUCAACGCCUGGCUCCCUUCGGGCUCCAACCUCGCCUCGACUCCUCCCAACAGGGUCGGCAAUGGCGGCUACCUGGCUGGCCAGUGGACCUCCUUCUGGACCUCGUCGUACGGCGCCGAUGGCGACUAUCGUCUUGGCUGGUCCGGCUACAUCCGUAUCGACAAUGUCACCUACGAGUGGAUGGGCAACGGCUUUGGCACGCUUGUGCGUGCUGGCCUCGCUGCCACUCAGCUCCGCGCCGAGUACACAGCCACGCGUACCAUGUUCGCCUUUGAGGCCGACAAGGUCAAGUUCAACGUCACCUUCUUGACCCCAAUCACUCCUGACGACUAUGUCCGCCAAUCUCUGCCUCUCAGCUAUCUGCACGUCGAGCUGGACAAGUCCACCAUCAAAAAUCGCAGCAUUCAGCUGUACACCGACAUCGACGAGCGAUGGGUCACCGGUCACGAUUACGACUUUGCUGACUGGCCCUACGACCAGCAGUACUACGAGAAGAACGACACUUCGGUCUUCUUCAUCACGCGCAAGCACCCCGAGGUCUACACUGAGUUCCGCCAGCGCGCCGAGUGGGGCAAUGCUACGUAUGCCGCUCGUAACCACACCGGUCUCACUUCGAGGAACAACAACAACGUCGUCGUUCACACCGAAUUCAUCGAUCACGGCAAGCUUUCGUUCGAUCACGGUCCCGUCGGUGGACCCGACAACUCGUUUGCGUUUGCAGUCGACUUUGACGCCAAGCACGCCGCUAAGGAUGCCCUCUUUGCUGUCGGCCAUAUGCGUACUCCUUACGUCAACUACAUCCGUGCCAAACACCCCGGCUCCAACUCGACCAAGAGCUACCAGGAAGACCGCUACGGCUACUGGCAGACGCAAUUCGGCGACUCGCUCCAGGACGCCGUGGCUUUCUUCAUCAACGACUUUGACUCUGCCCUCGAAAAGGCCAAGAAGUUCGACAGGCAGGUGCUCGAGGACUCCCGAGCGGCUGUGGGUGGCGGCGAAGUUGGUGACAAGUACGCGGCCAUCACGCAGCUCUCUGUCCGUCAAGCGUUCGCCACGUUCGAGAUCACAGUCAGCAAAGAUUCCAAGGGCAGGUAUAACACGUCCGACACGCUGCUUUUCCUCAAAGAAAUCUCGUCCAACGGCGACAUGUCGACGGUCGACGUCAUCUUCCCACUCUUCCCUAUUCUGUCGUACGCCAACCCGGACAUGCUGCGCGAUCUAAUGCUGCCCAUUUUCGAGUACACCGAGUCCGGGCUGUACCCGAACAAGUGGUGCGUGCACGAUCUGGGUACCUACCCGAAUGCCUUUGGUUACAAUGACGGCAACGACGAGCCGAUGCAAGUUGAGGAGUCGGGCAACAUGAUCUGGAUGACGCUGCACUGGGCGCAGUUGGUAGGCAAGUCGAAAGCCAAGCCCUUCCUGAACGAUCACUAUGCGAUCAUGAAGCAGUGGACGCAGUAUCUGGUGGAUGACAGUCUGAUUCCCGCCGAGCAGCUGUCGACGGACGACUUUGCGGGCACGCUGGCCAACCAGACUGACCUCGCUAUCAAGGGAAUCGCGGCCAUCGCCGCCAUGGGCAAGAUCGCGGACCUCCUAGGUCACACCAAGGACGCCAGAUCCUACGCCAACAUCUCGUCGAGCUACAUCAAGCUCUGGCAGGACUACGCCAUCUCUCAUGAUGCCUCCCACACAAAGCUCGCCUACCAAGCCGACGCAUCUUGGGGAACGGUGUACAACCUGCUCGCUGACCGCAUGCUCGAUCUCAACCUAGUUCCACGUGCGGUGUACAAGAUCCAGGAUGCGUGGUAUCCCCGUGUCGCCGAGCAGUACGGUGUACCCCUCGAUUCGCGCCACAAAUGGACCAAGACGGACUGGGAGAUGUUCGCCGCCGCCGCAUCGGACGAUCCUGCGACGCACAAGCUCUUCAUCGAAUUGCUGUAUCGCUUCAUCGACGAUGGAAAGACGGAUGCGCCGUUUACGGACCUGAUGGAGAGCACGACGGGUGAUUUCCCCAAGUGGCCGCAUGACCCGCUGAUUCACUUUUUGGCGCGACCCGUGGUGGGAGGGCACUUUGCGUUUUUGGCCAAGAUGAAGGCGGAUAAGGCCAACGGGGUGAAGGAGGGCGCGUACAGGUAUGGCGAUGAGAACGAUGUUAUCACUGGCAAGCCGAGACCAGGUAAGGGUGGAAAGGAUGGAGAGAUGAGGAAGUCGAAGAGUACAUCGAGCGGCUCCCAGCGGGCGUUCCAGAUUCCGGCCUAG